AUGUUGCUUCUGAAACAGUGCUCAUCUGCUGUUCUUGUCGCUGGGAAUACAAGUCCAGUCCUCUACACUUCUCGCUUGCCUUACAGAGUUGGUUCUCUUCCAUUGAGCAAAACGCACUCGUCCCAGUGUUUGACCAUGGAAAAUCUGCAGAAGCUUCCCAUUUCUUCAUUUGAGAAACGCAAUCCAGUCUUAGCGUGCAGUGCUUCAGCAGCGCCUCGUAGCUCUCAUGAAUCUUCUCCUAUCAGUGAGAAUGACGAGAAUAAGCCUGUCCAUGGAGUUUCUGAGAUAACUGUUGGAGUGUUGGGAGGAGGACAGUUGGGCCGUAUGCUUUGCCAAGCUGCUUCGCAAAUGGCUAUCAAGGUGGUGAUUUUAGAUCCGUCAGAGAACUGUUCAGCAAGUUCACUGGCUUAUGGUCACAUGGUUGAUAGCUUUGACGACAGUGCUACAGUAGAAGAAUUCGCCAAAAGAUGUGGAGUCUUGACAGUGGAAAUUGAGCAUGUCGACGUGGAAACAUUAGAGAAGCUUGAGAAACAAGGAGUUGAUUGCCAACCGAAAGCCUCUACUAUCAGGAUCAUACAGGAUAAAUAUAGGCAGAAAGUUCAUUUCUCUCAGAAUGGCAUCCCACUUCCAGAGUUUAUGGAGAUAAGCGAUAUUGAAGGAGCGAAAAAAGCUGGUGAACUUUUCGGUUACCCUCUUAUGAUCAAGAGCAAGAGAUUGGCUUAUGAUGGACGUGGAAAUGCAGUUGCCAACAGCCAAGAUGAGCUCUCUUCUGCUCUAUCAGCUCUUGGAGGUUUCAGUCGUGGUUUGUACGUCGAGAAAUGGGCACCUUUUGUCAAGGAGUUAGCUGUUAUUGUGGCUAGGGGAAGAGAUGGUUCCAUGGUUUGUUAUCCCGUUGUUGAAACUGUUCACAGGGAUAACAUAUGCCAUAUAGUUAAAGCGCCUGCAGAUGUGCCAUGGAAGAUUAACAAACUUGCCACAGAUGUUGCUCAAAAGGCUGUUGGUUCUUUAGAAGGCGCUGGGGUUUUCGCAGUCGAGCUGUUCUUGACAGGGGACGGUCAGAUCCUGUUAAACGAAGUUGCACCUAGACCACACAACAGUGGCCAUCAGACGAUCGAGUCAUGUUAUACUUCACAGUUUGAACAACACUUGCGGGCUGUGGUUGGUCUUCCCCUCGGUGAUCCAUCUAUGAGAACUCCGGCCUCCAUUAUGUACAAUAUUCUUGGCGAAGAUGAUGGAGAAGCUGGUUUCAGAUUGGCUCAUCAGCGUAUUGCAAGGGCGCUUUGUGUUCCAGGUGCAUCUGUUCAUUGGUAUGACAAGCCAGAAAUGAGAAAGCAGCGGAAGAUGGGACACAUCACUCUUGUAGGGAGGUCUAUGGGUGUUUUGGAACAAAGGUUGCAGUCUAUAUUAAGUGAGGAAAGCCAUCAAGUACAUGAGACACCUCGUGUUGGUAUCAUUAUGGGUUCAGACUCGGAUCUUCCUGUUAUGAAGGAUGCUGCCAAAAUUUUGGACAUGUUUGGUGUGACACAUGAGGUAAGGAUAGUUUCAGCUCAUCGCACACCGGAGCUGAUGUUUUCAUAUGCAAACUCAGCUCAUAGUAGAGGCGUGCAAGUCAUAAUUGCAGGCGCUGGUGGUGCUGCUCACUUACCAGGUAUGGUUGCUUCACUCACUCCUUUGCCUGUGAUUGGUGUCCCUGUACGCGCUACCCGGUUGGAUGGAGUUGAUUCUCUCCUCUCCAUCGUUCAGAUGCCUAGGGGUGUUCCAGUAGCGACAGUUGCAAUAAACAACGCAACAAACGCAGCCUUGCUUGCUGUCCGGAUGCUGGGAAUCUCUGAUGCUGAUCUCGUCUCAAGGAUGAGUCAGUACCAGGAAGACAUGAAAGAUGAGAAUAUGGUUAAAGGAGAGAAACUUGAGACGCAAGGUUGGGAAUCGUAUUUGAACCAGUGA